CCCUUGCCACCAGGUGGAGAGACUUCAAGACUUUCUUGACACGGGAGUAUGUAUUUGGAGAGCGACAAAAUGAGACUCCUUGUCUAAAGUACCAGAUCACUGAUGAGGAAUGGAUGCAAUUUCGUGCCACUCGAUUGGACCCUUCGUGGCAGGCUAAAAGAAUAGCUGCCCAAGAACGACAGGCCAAGAAUGAUGCACCCCAUCUAUUGUCAAGAGGGGGAUAUGAAAGAAAAAAAAAGGAAAUGAAGAAGGCUAGGGCAGAGGCAGCAGGGGUUGAGUCUGCUGACCGUGUGGAGUCACCUCCCCGCCAUGAGAUGUGGAUAGCAGCCCGGACAAAAACAGAUGGGCAAAUGACUUCUAAGUCUGCAAGGGUCGUUGCUGAUAAAAUAUUUAAAGAGAAAUUGAAGAAUAUUCGAGAAGAGUUUGAACAGAAGUUUGAACUUUUGGCUCGUUCUCAGCAACAGACUGCAGUUGCUCAUGAUGGUGUUCGAGUUAGCACUAAAGGGAGUUGUGCUGUUCCAGAUCCCUCACCAGAACAGACUCACACUGAUAAGCUAAGGAUGAUCCCAUAUCUAAGCUUCUAA